GCACUCGCCGGUCGCAGUGAAAAGGCGGAGGCGGUGGCCUCUCCGGCUCCCACUGCCUCCCCCUCCGCACCCCCUCCCCACCUCCCGCACCCGCCAAACUUGAUGUGACCCUGGCCCGACGCGACGGCUGCCCCUCUCACCACCCCGCCGGCCUCCCCACUCACCCCGCACCCGCGAGCGCACCGCUCACCGCGCGCCUUCCCACUCCCCGCGGGGCCGGCGCGGCGCUCGCCCUAGCGUUCCUUCCCGCCGCCCCCUCCCCCGCACCAUGAGCAACCCGAAGCCGGACAGCGAGCACGGCGGCGGCACCGGCACCGGCUCCGGCGCGGGCUCCGGCGGCGCCCUGGAGGAGGAGGUCCGGACACUGUUUGUCAGCGGCCUCCCUGUGGACAUUAAACCCAGAGAACUGUACUUGCUCUUCCGGCCGUUCAAGGGGUAUGAAGGGUCCCUGAUCAAGCUCACCGCGAGACAGCCUGUUGGUUUUGUGAUCUUUGACAGCCGGGCAGGAGCAGAAGCAGCCAAGAAUGCGUUGAACGGUAUUCGCUUCGAUCCUGAGAACCCACAGACCCUGAGGCUAGAGUUUGCCAAAGCCAACACCAAGAUGGCCAAAAGCAAGCUAAUGGCGACUCCAAAUCCUAGCAACAUGCAUCCCGCCCUAGGAGCACACUUCAUUGCACGGGACCCCUAUGACCUGAUGGGGGCUGCUCUGAUCCCUGCAUCCCCAGAGGCCUGGGCCCCCUACCCUUUGUACACCACAGAGCUGACCCCAGCCAUCUCCCAUGCGGCGUUCACCUACCCAGCUGCCACUGCCGCCGCUGCUGCCCUCCAUGCUCAGGUGCGCUGGUACCCUUCCUCUGACACCACCCAGCAAGGAUGGAAGUACCGUCAGUUCUGUUAGUUCUUCAGUCUGGUCACCGGGGAGUUGGUUCUGGGAAUCUAAUGUGGUGCUGGGACAGGCGCCCUGAGCUCCCACCGCCCCCGGGUGGCCUGUACAGAGCUGCUGCUGCCCUCCAGAGACUGUGAAUCCUAAGCCUGAUUCAGUGGACUGCUUCCUGUUCCCCUCCCUCCCCUUCCUCAGCCCUGUUCUGCACCCUCAAGCCUUUCUCCAAUGCCUCCCAGGAGGAUUUAGGGACCUUCUUGCUGGGGCAUCCAGACCGAGCUCAGAGGCCUCACUGGGACCCAGCAAGGCCUGACCUCCCGCCCAAACUUGCUUCUGUAGCUCCUCCUCGAGGAAGCGAGGCGUUUAAUUUUGCAUGUUUUCUGGCAUGAAUGAAGACACUUACACUUGUGUAUAUGUGAGUGUACAGUUUGUUCUCACACUGUCACCAUAGCGACAGGUCCUGGCCCCCAGUGGUUCAUGUGCCUGGCCCCUCCUCACCCUGCCCCUGCACCCACCCCGCUUCAGGGAGGCCCGGAGCCCUGUGGCCCCAUGCGCUUCCAGGCUCAGCUCCCACCUCCACCCAACAGAUAGAUGGGGUUUGCUUUUUCAUUUCACACUGGACUCCUCCUCUGUUGCUGUCUUCUUGGACCAGCCUCCUCUGCCCAUCCUGUUCACCUCUCCACAACGCACCCCGCCCGCCGCUGCUCCGCGUUUCUUCCAAACCUCGAAACCAACCAAACCGUGAAAAGUAUUUUUGUACCCUGUGUAACAAAAUAUUUAUGCAUCAUAAAGGAUUUUUCAUGUGUGUACCAUUAAUUAUUAAAGAGACCUCGUUCGCCCUGUCAGAUAAGUUUAAUGUUUAGUUUGAGGCAUGAAGAAGAAAAGGGUUUCCAUUCUUCAGCAGUAAGCCUUUGUGUCAGGCAUUUGUUUAAGAAAAUGAAAUGAAGGAAACAUUGUGCAAUGUUUUUUGUUUUGAGCAUAUCAGUGCUUUACUGUCAGCCACAGCUGUGACCGUCUGGCCAUUUCAGAGUCGGGAGCCGAGGUGGCUGUUGUCAUUGCUGAUCCUGUGAGAAUGUGAAACUGGAUAAUAUAUGAAAUGCAAAAUAAAACAAAAUCAAGAUGA